GUCAAAUAGUGAUAGCUUUAGAUUACGGAACUCUUGACUUACAGACUCUAUAUUUUAGUGACAACACUCGAAUAUGCUCAACUCGGCUGCCGCAUCGAGAUCAACGCGCUAGCUAUUCGGGAGAAAGUUCGACAAUUCCCAGGCACAAGAUCUCAAUCAGCAGCAGCAACUUUACAUCGCCGGACUCGCCACAGUCGGAAGAAUAUCAUUCGAGAUUAUCAUCUGUAGCAUCUGUCAGCGGGAUAUCGUCAAUGAGCAUACCCGUUGCGGAAAUGCCAUCGAUCGAUGCUAAGCUUUUGGAAGCUCGAAAUGUUCCAUCAAGUUAUGGCAUCACAUCGCAGCCUCCAUCUCCUCCACUUACAGAAAAUGGCUCAGCCGUAGUGCAAAGCAGGUCAGGAAGAAUAAAGCAAUUCCUUGACAACUCAUCCACUGCUAUUCUGAAUUGGAACAAUUUAGAUAAGCCUUCACUCUUUGGGCAAAACUCACGUUCCGACCUGAUCACUCGCCCUCUAUAUCACAGAAGAGCUACAUCUGCUCCUGUUCUUGCCUCCCGCUUUACAAAAUCAGCGUCAAACGCGUUAAAACGCCACCAUCUCAUGCCUUCAUCUAUUCGAUCAGAGAUGGACCAGGCUGUGCUGAAAAGCCUACCGGCCCAGGCAGAAGCGCCUAGACCAGCCAUCCCCAGCGGCUACCCGAAACUCGAUGCGAAAUGCCAUGUACUGAGCCAUCAGGCAACAAGAAAUGGUCACACAAAGGAAGCUGUUAACCGCCUGCAUGCUUGUGAUGCUGACUUACAAUCAGAAGAUCGAGUCUCUGACCCGGCAUCUGAUACUGUUCCUUUAUCACAGCAAGACCACAGCAUGGGCGGAGAAGUGCCUAUCGAUGCCUUGAGCGCGGGACCAACGGCUCCGCUUGAAGAAGAACCUCGAUGCAUGUUUGUUGAUGACUGUCAAACCGGCUCGCAAUUACGCAAAGCCAUCUCACAUCUCUUUGGACGGAACAAGGCCUGUACGCUUCGUAUCCCAAAGCAUGUGUGGGUGUACUAUUGCCGUAAACACUAUCAACGGAUUAGGUAUCGAAAUGCCAAGACAUACCCUCUCAAUCAGAUGCAUCUUGUUAAGAUGCAGAUCACUCGACUUCAGAAGUGGAGCGAAACCAACCGACGCCAGGGAUCCGGCCCUUACAUCAGGCUUUGGACCCUGACAUUGCGCAAGCGAGAGCAAAACCGUCUUGACAAGGAAGGCGGCCCGGUAGAUGAAGGCGACGACGAUACCUUGGAGGCUCAAAACAGCUCGGCUGCUCCAGAAUGGGUCAUCCAGCGUCUAGGAACCGGAUAUACGACUGAGCAAAUGCUCGAGGUGGCAGAGCGCCUGCACCAAGAGAUUGAAGAUGGGAUUCUUGGGCAGGUUCCUGAAAUUGAAUUUCUGCCUGACAUCGUCGAGUCGGAUGGCGGAGGUAUUGCAAAGCUUAUCAGAACCCGCAAGCAAAUCCGUACAGUUGCUGCUGAAGGACAAAGCAGAGCAUCCAAGCGAAAAAAUUCUGAGACAGCAGACUCUGUCACCCAAAGCCGCUUCACGGCUUUCAACCAGCACGGUAUGGACGUAUUCGAGAGCCCGUCGAGAAAGCGAAUACGCAUCGGGCCUCCUCUGGCAGACCGGCGCAAACAAUCUCUUCCAAUGUCGCUUCCCUCUAUUGUAAUGCCGUCUGCUAGUUCUCAGUAUGCUGUGCCGCGCACUCUACCCGCGAUUCCCAGAAUGCAGGCACUGCCUCCGGAUCAUGCUUAUGGACCUGAUGCAGACAUGCAUGGGCUUUCUUCUAGCCGGGCCGGUCCAAAUGGUUUCUAUGGCCACGAUUCACAGCCGUAUACAAGUCACUAUCAGGCUGGCGUCAGUUCUGCACAGUCAUCCAUCUACCAGCGAGAUGGAGAUUAUCAGAGACAACACCAGAGGCUGCCGUCGAUCAGUGAUCAUUUAUCGGCGGCAAGCAGUUACUCGGCUGCUUCGCCUUAUAGAGUCUCCGGGUCAUUCAAUGAGAACCCAAAUAUGCCACGACCUCCUCACUUGCGAUCCUAUAGCUCAAACGUUGCCACUACUCAAUCCGCCUUCGAAUAUCUCCGUCCUAUUAGUUCUAGCGGCGCCGGGCAGCUUGAUCUGGGGUCUUUCGAUAGUAGAGCAACGGCGGGAGAUUUAAGUUAUAUACCGAGCACUCGCGGCUAUGCUCUAGAGCAACGGCUUGACCCAAGUCACGCAUACACCAGGGGCUGGCCUCAGAGCUCACCUUCCCAGCAGCAAAAUUAUUAUCCUUCUAACUCGGCACAAGAUCAUGUUGCUCGCCCUUACAUGGAUGGCUCACGAGCUCCGACUUACUAUGAUUCGACGAUCCAUCGAACUACGAUGAAGAGAGCUCAGCAUGAAGAAGUCCGAUACGGCAAUGCCUGGCCUCAUACCGAUCAAACCGUCACGAGGGCGGCUAAAGGCGUGCGUGAGGAUUAGUUGUCGAGUU